AUGACCAACAAUAUAUCUCCACAGACCAGUCAAAAUUAUCACCCAUUAUCUAGCUAUCUACUUUCGCAAAAACAUAAAUAUAUAACUGUAGGAACGGAUAUUUUUUUUAACUUGCCUUCGCAUCUAUACAAGUUUUUCUAUCUAUCUAUCUAUCUAUCUAUCUAUCUAUCUAUUUGUCUAACUUAUCUGUUUCUUAUUCAUAUCUAUCUAUCUAUCUAUCUAUCUAUCUAUCUAUCUAUCUAUCUAUCUCAUUCUGUUCCUUAUCUAUCUAUCUAUCUAUCUCAUUCACAUCUGUUUAACCUAAUAUUUUCAUAUGCAUCUAUCUUUCCUUCCACGUUUCUUUCUCUUCCACUUCACUUUUUUUUCUUUCUUUUUUUCUUUAUAAUUUCUUUGUACGUCUCUUUUUCUUCCCACAUCUUUCUUUCUUUCCACGUCUCUUUCUUUCUUCUUUUCUACAUUCCUUCUUUCUUUUUCAUAUUUUUUCUUUCUUUCUUCCUUUUUUCUUUUUUUCCUUCUUUCUUUUUUUAUUGCUUUAUAAUUUCUUUGUACGUCUCUUUCUUAUUCCCACUUCUUUCUACGUCUCUUUCUUCCUUUCUACAUUCUUUCUUUCUUUCUUUCUUUCUUUCUUUCUUUCUUACAAGUCUCUUCCUUUCAACACCCCUUUCAUUCUUUCCCCGUCUCUUUCUUUUCCAUUUCUUUUUCUUUCUAUCUUUUUCAUACUUUUUUCUUUCUUUAUUGCUUUGUUUCUACAUCUCUUUUUUUUUCUUCCUUCAUCUUCCUUUAUUUCUUCUUACGUCUCUUUCUUUCUUUCUUUCUUUCUUUCUUUCUUUCUUUCUUUCUUUCUCCACCAAGUCUCUUUCUUUCAACGCCCCUUUUAUUCUUUCCAUUUCCUUUCUUUCCACUUCUUUUCUUUCCAUUUAUCUUUCUUUCUUUCUUCCAGCGUCUCUUUAUUUUCACACCUUUUUCCGUCUUUCUUUCGUUCGUUCCACGUUUCUUUCUUUCUUUCAGCGUCCAUUUCUUUCCACGUCUUUUUAUUUCCACGUAUCUUUCUUUUUUCUUCAUUUCUUUCUUUCUUUCUUCCUUCUUUCCUCCCUUCCUUCCUUCUUUCCUUCCUUCCUUCCUUCCUUCCUCCCUUCCUUCCUUCCUUCCUUCCUCCCUUCCUUCCUUCCUUUCUUUCUACAAUUGUUUUUCUUUCCAGGUCUAUUUCUUUCAUUCAUCCGUUUCUUUCCACAUCACUUUUUUUCUUUUUCUUUUUUUUCCCCCGAUGGUUUUCAGUUCAAUUUGAUUUUAUAG